UGUAGUUGAAGUUGAACUAGGAAUUCCUUCAACUAGCAUUCAUUUUGUUUUGUUUUGUUUUAAAUGCAUGCUUGGGGACACAGUGACUACAAAUCAGAUUUCAGUAACUAUUGAGCUGUCUUUGAAUGCAUUUGGGUACAGUAAAUUCCAAAUCCCAAAACCAUGUAGAGAAAGAAAACAACUUCCUUGAAUGAUUAGUUCCUUAGACAACCUAUUUCAUCUAUAACACCGUUGCUCACUUUUUUGAGGGAAUAGGCCUAGUUUGCCUCUCAGCAUGUCAGUAGUAACAGUGCAACUUGGUCAGUGUGGUAAUCAGAUUGGUUUUGAAGUAUUUGAUGCUCUAUAUACUGACUCACACUGUCCCCAGGGACUCUGCUCUAAAAGAGAGAAUGAGGCAUAUCAAGCAUCUUGCAAAGAAAGAUUCUUCAGUGAGGAGGAAAAUGAAGUUCCAAUUGCCCGGGCCAUACUUGUCGAUAUGGAACCUAAAGUUACCAAUCAGACACUAUCAAAGGCUGCCCAGUCUGGCCGAUGGAAAUAUGGUCAGCAUUCGUGCUUCUGUCAAAAACAAGGUUCUGGAAACAACUGGGCAUAUGGUUACUCUGUUCAUGGACCCAGGCAUGAAGAAUCUAUAAUGAACCUAAUCCAGAAGGAAGUGGAGAAAUGUGACUCUUUGAGUGGUUUUUUCAUCAUAAUGAGUAUGGCUGGGGGCACAGGAUCAGGGCUAGGAGCCUUUGUUACACAGAAUUUACAAGAUCAGUACUCAAACUCUUUGAAAAUGAAUCACAUUAUAUGGCCUUAUGAAACUGGUGAGGUUAUUGUCCAGAACUACAACUCCAUUUUGACUCUUUCUCACUUGUACCGAUCUUCAGAUGCCCUCCUUGUUCAUGAAAAUGAUGCUGUUCAUAAGAUCUGUGCGAAACUGAUGAACAUCAAGCAGAUCUCCUUUAGUGAUAUAAACCAAGUCCUUGCACAUCAGUUGGGAAGCGUAUUCCAGCCUACGUAUUCUGUGGAAGGCUCAUGUCACUACAGAAGAAAUCCACUAGGAGACUUAAUGGAGAAUUUGGUUCCCCAUCCUGAAUUCAAGAUGCUGGGUAUUCGUAACAUUCCUCAAAUGUCUGAGAACUCACUGGCAUACAGCACCUUUACUUGGGCCGGCCUCCUCAAACAUCUGAGACAGAUGCUCAUUUCUAAUUCAAAAAUGGAAGAAGGUAUUGAUUGGCAGGUACAGCCUCCUUUAUCAAGACUUCCUACUCUGGGUAAAGCAUCUCUCAACAGGGAGCUUCAGUUUAACACUUCCAUUGCCAACUUGGUCAUCCUUCGUGGGAAAGAUGUGCACAGUGCUGAUCUGGGAGGAUUUAAAGAUCCAGGUCUCUAUACUUCUUGGUUAAAACCUAUUAAUGCUUUCAAUGUGUGGAAAACCCAGCGAGCCUUUAGCAAAUAUGAGAAGUCUGCAGCGUUGGUCAGCAAUAGCCAGUUCUUACUAAAACCACUUGAUACAAUUGUGGGCAAAGCCUGGAAUAUGUUUGCUUCAAAAGCCUACAUUCAUCAGUACACAAAAUUUGGACUUGAAGAAGAGGACUUUUUGGAUAGUUUCACAUUGUUGGAACAGGUUGUUGCCAGUUACUGCAACCUCUGAUGUCGAACAAAGGAAAAAUAUGUUAAGUCAUUUUUGGGCUGAAAUAUUUUAUUUUUAUUUAUAUUUUUAAAGAAAAGAUUUUAUUUAUUUAUUUGACAGAGAGAGAUCACAAGUAGGCAGAG